GGGGCGGGCCUACGGGUGGGAGUGGGCUCGCGCCCUGCGGCCUGGCCUGAAGUCUUCUGCGCCGCCGGUGCUGCUUCCAGCACACCUUCCUCGCUCCCUACCUAUGGAGGGGAAGAUGGAGUCUGUCACCGUAGCGACUGACAGCGGGGACCGGCCGGGGGCUCCAGCGGGCUCAGGCCUGUCGGCUUCCCAGCGUCGAGCCGAGCUGCGGCGGAGGAAGCUGCUUAUGAACUCGGAACAGCGCAUCAACCGGAUCAUGGGCUUUCACAGGCCCGGGAGUGGCGCGGAAGAAGAAGGUCAAACAAAAUCAAAGCAGGACAGUGACAAACUGAACUCCCUCCCCAUCCCUUCCGUUUCAAAGCGAGUAGUGCUGGGCGAUUCCGUUGGUACAGGAACAGCUGACCAGCAAGGUGAUGUGGCCGAGGUAAAGGGGACUCAGCUGGGAGACAGAUUGGACUCUUUCAUUAAACCACCCGAGUGCAGUAAUGAUGUCAACCUUGAGCUCCGGCAGCGGAACAGAGGAGACCUGACAGCAGACACUGUCCAGAGGGGUUCUCGCCAUGGCCUUGAACAGUACCUUUCCAGAUUUGAAGAAGCAAUGAAGCUACGGAAACAGCUGAUGAGUGAAAAACCCAGUCAAGAAGAUGGAAAUACAGCAGAAGAAUUUGACUCUUUUCGAAUAUUUAGAUUGGUGGGAUGUGCUCUUCUUGCCUUUGGAGUCAGAGCUUUUGUUUGCAAGUACUUGUCCAUAUUUGCUCCGUUUCUUACUUUACAACUUGCGUACAUGGGACUAUACAAAUAUUUUCCCAAGGGUGAGAAGAAGAUAAAGACAACAGUACUAACAGCUGCACUUCUGUUAUCUGGAAUUCCUGCUGAAGUGAUAAAUCGAUCGAUGGAUACCUAUAGCAAAAUGGGCGAAGUUUUCACAGAUCUCUGUGUCUACUUUUUCACUUUUAUCUUUUGUCACGAAUUCCUCAAUUACUGGGGCUCUGAAGUACCUUGAAGCUUGAAGAACACAGGAGAAGCUUAUAAAAAAGCAACUUCUCAUCUACAUUGCAGUGUCUCUAAAAGAGGCAAAUCAGUUUACACCUUUAUGUCAUUCUUUUACUUUAUAGGGUUGUAAAAUCUUUUGAUUAGGAAUGGGAUGGCAGGUUUCCUGAUCUAAAAGUGUUGAGUUUGUAUUAAUACUGAUGUAAAGAAUAGACUACCAUGGUCAUUAAUGGACUUUUCUUGUUUAAUUAGAAUCCCUAGUCUCUACCUUUCUCUAACUUCUAAGAUUUGUAAUCCCUCUUUUGGGAGCUGAGCUAUUGCUUUUAGGAGAGCAGGUGCACACGGCCUCAGCCAGCCCCGAGGGCUGCGGUUUGUAUUCGUGUUGUUCUGUCCUGAGAAGUGGAGCUGUCUUAAAAAUAAAAUGAAAGAAACUGAAUUGUCUAACGUUAAGUCUGCAUGUUUUAACUUACAAGGGCUGAGUAAGGUAGCCAAUUUUAUCUUUUCUUGCUGAGUAUCUUAAUUUUUACUUCAGCAUAAGUAUGGAGUAAUAGAGAAAGUGAUUAACAGUCAUACAUAUAAAAUUAGAAGGUAUUUAUGAGGAUAUUUAUUUUAGUUUUUAUUUAUGAAAAUUGUUUUAUUACCAAACUCAAAAUUGGAAAUCUUCACUUUUGACUUUUCAAUUUCUAGAACUAAGGUUUUUAAGCAAACUAGAACAGCAUGAUUGGUAUACAUAAAGGUGGAAUUUGAAAAUUGACUGGCGUAUGCAACCCAAUAUAGAUAUCCUUUUCACUGACUUGGUAACUGUCAUAUUUGGAAGGUUAUAAAACAUCGUGUUAAUGUUGCUUGGUAUUACAUUUCCUUAAAGAUUUUUGUAUGGUCUACUUGAUUAAUCCUUGUGAAAUUAAAAAUGUAUAUGCCUU